CCCCUGUCUCCCCGGUCUCUAGAGGAGCCCAGGAAGGAGGCUCGGCUAGUGCCGGCGGGCCAGGGGCUGCCGGGACGCGGCUGCGGCAAUCGUUAGCGGGUCAUGUCGGCCGCCCAGGGCUGGGACAGGAACCGCCGGAGGGGAGGAGGCGCCGCGGGCAGUGGCAGCGGCGGCGGAGGUAGCGGGGCCGGCGGGGGCAGUGGGGGCAGCGGGGGUCGGGGGACUGGCCAGCUCAACCGCUUCGUGCAACUCUCCGGGCGGCCGCACCUGCCAGGCCACAGACCUCCACCGGCACGAAGCGGGCAUCGCUGUGUGGCAGAUAACACUAAUCUCUAUGUGUUCGGAGGUUAUAACCCAGAUUACGAUGAAUCAGGAGGGCCCGAGAAUGAAGACUAUCCUCUCUUCAGGGAGCUUUGGCGGUAUCAUUUUGCUACAGGAGUGUGGCACCAGAUGGGCACAGAUGGGUACAUGCCCCGGGAAUUGGCCUCUAUGUCACUGGUGCUGCACGGAAACAACCUGUUAGUGUUUGGAGGUACAGGCAUCCCAUUUGGUGAGAGCAACGGCAAUGAUGUCCACGUCUGUAACGUGAAGUAUAAGAGAUGGGCUUUACUCAGCUGUCGGGGGAAGAAACCCAGUCGUAUAUAUGGACAGGCCAUGGCUAUCAUCAAUGGCUCCCUUUACGUCUUUGGAGGGACAACUGGCUAUAUUUACAGCACAGACCUGCACAAAUUAGAUCUUAAUACCAGAGAGUGGACACAACUGAAACCAAACAACCUAUCCUGUGAUCUACCAGAAGAGAGAUACCGACAUGAAAUUGCACAUGACGGGCAGAGGAUUUACAUCUUGGGAGGUGGCACUUCCUGGACAGCUUACUCCUUAAACAAGAUCCAUGCUUACAACCUUGAAACAAAUGCAUGGGAGGAAAUUGCAACAAAACCCCAUGAAAAAAUAGGUUUUCCUGCAGCCCGAAGAUGUCACAGUUGUGUUCAAAUAAAAAAUGAUGUGUUUAUUUGUGGGGGCUAUAAUGGAGAAGUGAUCCUGGGAGAUAUCUGGAAGUUGAAUCUGCAGACUUUUCAGUGGGUAAAGCUCCCAGCUACCAUGCCAGAGCCUGUGUAUUUUCACUGUGCUGCUGUUACACCAGCUGGUUGCAUGUAUAUUCACGGAGGAGUGGUGAACAUCCACGAAAACAAACGGACUGGGUCCUUGUUUAAGAUCUGGCUGGUGGUACCUAGCCUGCUGGAACUGGCAUGGGAGAAGCUGCUUGCGGCCUUCCCUAACCUAGCAAACCUCUCCCGAACACAGCUUCUGCACCUUGGACUCACACAGGGACUCAUCGAGCGCUUGAAAUGAGCAUUUCUGGACUGUUCACUGAUACUGGAAAUGUUAACUUAAAGAGACUCCUUUAUUUAUGGGCAGUGUAGAAUGUGCUACAAAGAGGAUUGGUUACCCUGAUCAAGGCCUUAUUCAGAAAAUACAUCAGAUGCCUUUCUGUACAUUGGUUCUAAGUUUAUGGAAUCUCACUUUCCCUUGUGCUUCUUUGCUUCUCUCCCUCCCGCGCCAACACACACGCACACAGGCACACACGCACACAUGCAGGCACAUCCUCAUUCACUCACGUACUCCCUCAUCCUUAACGGAGUUGAGGGAAAGUCUAAAAGUACCUUAAUAAUGUUAUGAAUCAAGAUAACGAGUUUUUUAAAGGAACUCUGAACAUACGACCCUGUCAGCCAGUGCGCUAUAAAUUAAAGCCACAUCAUCAAGGAAAACAAAAAUGAAAUGAAAAAAUUUUAAAUCCUGCAGCCACAAGACGUUUUGGGGAUAGAACAAGAAGGCUAACCUUGAGAAUCUUGCAGGCUACAUGUAAAGCUACAUGUUUAACUUUACUAUUUAUUCUCAAAGAGACAUCUAAUUGAGGAGCUAGAUCUAACGGCAGCAGGCGUCGACAUCUUGCUGCGUAGGUACCCAAACCUAAUUUUUGACUUUGGAGGAAAGUUAAGCAGCUCAGCAACUCUUGAUUAGUGAUUUCUUUUCUCAUCCUCAUGAUGCCAGCAGUGGUUAGAGUUGGCUUGUCAAAAGACUUACGUGUGUGUCGUAGUUGUGUUGUUUAUUGUCGCUCUUAGAAAUUAUGAUACCAAGAACAUUUCGAAUCAAGAAACUUACUUACGGUGGUCAGAGUCCUUCCUUCAGAGCAGUUUUGAAAUUCUCCUAAGCUUAUUAAUGGUUUCCAGUAUCUCUUUGACUUCUUACUUCUUCAUGGGGAAUUACAGACCCUAAAUAUGUGGCACAAAUGCCAUGGGACAUAAACGUAAGCUCGUGAGAGGCCAGAGAAGGGCGGGGCAGGGAGGGCUGCUGCUCUGGGCUGUGAGCUUUGACUGUCAUGUUGACCCUUUCCUUCCAGAACUUGUUUCUUUUCUAACUCUGGGCCAUGCGCCUGCCAUUUUGUUAGGCGACAAGUUUUAUCUCUAGAAAGCCAAUUGGCCCUUGCUUAUUCUCUUAGCUUAUAGCCUCCUUUUCUGUCUGCUUCAGCGUGCAUGGUGCUGUGAGUAAUUAUCUAGUAAGGGGAUAAAAGGUUUUGCAGGAAAAGCCACAGGUCAUCCUUCCUGAAGAGCAAAGUAUCAUUUAACAAACUAGCAGGAGGAAGAAAUGAAACUUAGGAUCAUUCGCUUUUUGGUGUGAAAUUUUUAGUCCUGGUUUGUUUUGUGUUGUUUUUUUAGUUCUAAAGAAGAAAUGACCUAAAUGCUCACGUGCUUCGCCAUCAGGCUGCUAGAGCGGUUCAGGGAGUCGCCAGACCUGAGCAUUGGAAGGCCUACGGUGUAUGUACUACAGGUGCUAUGGGCACACAGGGGGACAGUGCUGACCGUCCCAUUGGUCACCUCGCAACAGGCUGCUCAGAUGGGGAUUUAGGACACGUUUUUCCUUUAAGUGCCUCUUUUUCACUUAGCUUUUAAACUCUUCUUUUUCCUUUGUCCCAGAAGGGAUUGCUUUAGCUCAUGUGUGGAUUUCAAAUCACCUUUGAGUUAUGGUCCAAAAGUUACUAUCCAGUGUUCAUUUCUGGGAAAGAGAAAACCGUGGCCUCUAGACUUCGACUCCUAAAUUCCAGGCCUUAUUAUAACAUACCAUCCACGUUGGGUUGAGAUCAUGGAGACUGUUCAGCAAGGUCUUGUAAUAACCAUUCAUCUGUGAGUUUGGGUCCUUUUUGGGGGAAUGAGGGGUGUGGGAGAGGCAGGAAAAGGAGCAAUUCCCCUAGAAGUCCCACCUCCAUCUUGCCAUGACCAGAUCGUGUAGCAUUUAACCUUUUACCACCCACUGCUGGGCUUAUUGCAGUGAGGAGUUGUCUCUAGCACAAGUCAGUCGGAGCAGCCCCAUUAGUUCAAAGCAAAGCUUCGCUGCCUGACUCCAGCCUGGUCUCUGGAUUAUUAAUUCUGGAAUAUAUCCAGAAUUAAACAAGUCACACUGUCUAGGGUGGUGAAAGGAUUUUUGUCGUGGAUUUAUUUAUGUAGGGAUCAAAGACUGAAUGCUCAGCCUGCGUGCUUCUCCUUCCAUGGUUCUUGGGAUAUAAGCAGGUCUCCGCUCUAUGACACAAGAGAGCCAGAAAGAGUCUUGUUCAACCCACGCUGCCAUCCUUUUUAAAGCCUUCUGAGGGCGGUCUUCUUUGAAGUAGACUUUGGAGGCCCGACAUCCAAGACCUUGUGUUUGACGUUUUCAUGAAAGUACAUUUCCUCGGUCUAAAGUGUCUUCUUUUAACAUAACACUAGUGAAAAUGAUGGAGUACGAGCAGCUCUGAGCGCGACAGAACUACACAUUGUGCACAUGCGCUGGACGCCGGAUGAGACUAUGUGUCGACUUAAAUGUAGCGGGCUAGGGUUCCAUGUAAGGGGUCACCAGGCGUUUCAGUACAUGCAUAACCAGUUUGUAAAGUUAGUCUUGAACUUGAACUCUGAAUUCCCAACACUGUUACUUGAUUUAGGGACGUUGAUGCCUGCUGCUUCUCAGCCUCUUUGAGGUACCCCGAGCCAUCUUACUGCAGUCCUAUAAAUUUAAGUGCAAUAUAUAGAAACACAUAUGGGUAUAUACAGAUUAUAUAUAUAGGGAGGGUGUGACUAUAAAGCAGGUAGACUACUUUUGUGUAUCUGUCUUGGGGAGGCCAGCUCAUAACUUUAGAGACAAACUAUACCAAGAAUUGAGAUGUGAUCGGCUGGCUUAAGCCAACUCUUAGUAAAGCUGGAUUUUCAAUUCCGUGUUUUCUCACUCCAUUUCUGGUUCCUUGAGUUUCUUAGAGUUGAGACUUUCCCCAGUCAUCUUUGUACUAUCUCAUGUUUGCAUAUCUUCGUACAUUUCUUUGCCCAGGAACAAGGAAGUCUAUCUGUGAGAGAAUUUUCUAAAUGGAGAAUUAAAACCUAAUUAUUUACUACUAUCUGUUCUCCCAUGCAUAUACUAAUUUAUCUGUGAAUAUCAUACUUUAUUAAAUAAAGAAAAUCAUGCUUUCUUCAUUUAAUAAAGCAUUUUCUACAUUCUGGAAAAAAAUCUAUAAACCAAUAUAGGAUAGAUUGAAAUUUU